CUCAAUAUCUUCCUACCUUAAUCCUUCUGCCAUAGCUAUAGCAUUCAUUUCAUUCUGUUUAUCAAAGAGAGGGAGAGUCGAAAUGGGGAGAGAGGUGGUGGAGAGAGCGGAGUCCGACAUGGAGAGCUGGGGAGCUCCUGGGGCAGUGGCGGCGGAGGAGGAGUUUCCUCUGCUGUCGUUGAAUCACGUGUCAUACUCAUGCAGGUCGGUGAAGGAGUCCAUGAGGUUCUACCAGGACGUGCUCGGCUUCGUCCUCAUCAAACGUCCUUCCUCCUUCUCCUUCGAAGGCGCCUGGCUGUUCAACCAUGGAAUAGGGAUUCACUUGAUAGAGUCAGAUAACUUGCCACCCAAGAAAGACGCUAUCAACCCAAAGGACUGCCACAUUUCUUUCCAGUGUUCCAACAUGGACGUUCUGAUGCAGAGAUUGGGGGAGAUGAACAUCGAGUACGUGACAGCCGUGGUGAAGGAUGGCGGCAUCACCGUUGAUCAGGUCUUCUUCCACGAUCCCGAUGGACAUAUGAUCGAGAUCUGCAACUGCCAGAACAUCCCUAUCCUCCCUCUUUCCUCUUCAUGCCCUGUCAGGCUCCCCAAGACUAUCGAGUUUGCUUCCCCUCUCUCCCACCUCGGGAAUGAGAGCUUGGAGAAUCAUUCUGCUCGUGAAGCCACGGCCCAGAUGAUGGAAAACUUGUUCAAGAACAUGAUGACCAUCUUCAUCUGAGUGGUCCCAACAAGGAGAGCCAGGCAGGUUCCGGCCAUCGGAUUGAUUUAUGUAAACAGGGUUGUAAAGGCAAGAACGGGGAAGCAAAUGUUAUGGAAUUAUGAUUCAUUCUUUGGUAUUACUUUUCGGUUAUGUUUUGCUUAUGUACUGUAUUCCUGCAGUUUCUGUAGUUGUGUUUUAUCAGUCUCCCUAUUGGAAUUGUUUAAUGCGAUUCAUCUAAGUCCGCACCUGUAAAGAGUGAUCAAGCUUAAGCUUUUUACGCAUCAAUACCAGAAGACCGUAUUCAGAAUGUCUACAUUUUCCUCGAUCAAUUACAUGAACUAUUAAAUUUCGAUGAA